AUGCCCACGUUUUCAGACUACACAACCUACGGCGGAGGAGGGCGAGGCGCAGCCGGCGGUGGUGCCGGUGCUGGUGCUGGUGCUGGUGCAGGCAACGGUUAUGGGUACGGGGCUGCAUCGGCCGAUGACCCGCCAACCCCGGGCGAGAGGGGGUUUCGGCGGAAAUGGCUGGCUGCAAAGGCUGGCAGUGUGUACCGCGCCGGUGCCACCGCCGUAAAUGAAAUAAGAGAAGGGUAUGCGCAGACACGGGUACGGCCUUUGGAACCGGAGGACGGCAUGCCCAGGACGACAAUCCCCGGAUCAUUCCCCGACGUUGCCAUCACCGUGCAGGGAGACGACCAAAUGGUCAUCUUCCCGUCAUACGCGAAGCGCCAUGUCAAGCAAGACUGGACAGCGGAAUAUCAGCAACACUCUGACGAACAGCCUGGUAGUGUCAAAGACCAGGAGUUCUGGAGGAAAGAAUGGGAACGUAAUGAGGAUGAGAAGGCCAUCGUGGACAUCGACGUCAGGGGCUGGGUAUAUUCGCCUCACAAAGGCCCGAUAACUCGACGAAACCGCAUCCUCAUUGGCCUUGCGCGCCAGUUGAGUGGCAUUCCGGCCCCUAGACAAGACGCCCCUGCGCCCGUCGACAACCUGUCCGCUCUGCACCAAUCCCAUGAGGAGCGGCGAGAACAGGAGAAGAUUGCCAAAGAAGCCGCAGAAAUCGAGAAGAGGGGACAGGAGGAACGGCGUGUGGCGAACCACGGCGGGUUCAGCGAGGCGCCAAAAGAGGGCUCGGACGAUGACACGGAAAGCAUAUAUCGAGCGAGAUCAAGGUCGCGAAGCGGUACCCACACACCCAUGACGGCCCCUGGGUCCCCCAAGUUGGCACCGACAAGGCAGAACACUACGGGUACCGACCUGACAGAUGCCGAACUUUCCGUCGCGAAUGCCAACCUCAUGGCAAGAAUAGCGCCCUUCAUGACAACGCCUUUGGUUCAACUACCCAUCACCGUCUUCUUUUAUAACGAUGAGAAGUCGGCUUCACGGACAGUACAGACAAACGAUGCGGGACACUUCAUUCUGCGCGCCGCCUUGGAGUUCGUCCCCACGCACGUGCGCGUUCUCGCUAAUGAGGACCUGUCGGCAACUCAGGAGGUCAAGAUCAUCGAGCCGAGGGGUGUCAGUUUGAUUAGUGACAUCGAUGACACUAUUAAGCGCUCCAACAUCUCGGGUGGUGCCAAAGAAAUCUUCCGCAACACCUUUGUUCGAGAACUGAAGGAUUUGACGGUGGAGGGCGUUCGAGAGUGGUACAACGAGCUACACAAGAUGGGCGUAAGCAUGCACUACUGCUCGAAUAGUCCAUGGCAGCUGUUCCCGGUGCUCGCGAGUUAUUUCAUGGUCGCUGGCUUGCCUCCUGGUUCGCUCCAUCUGAAGCAAUAUAGCGGUAUGCUCCAGGGUAUCUUCGAGCCUGUAGCGGAAAGAAAGAAGAGCACCCUUACCAGACUCAUGCACGACUUCCCAGAACGCAGGUUCCUACUAGUCGGCGACAGUGGUGAAGCAGAUUUGGAGGUCUACACCGAGCUGGUCGAGGCUCAUCCAGGACGCGUCAUUGCCAUCUUUAUCCGUGAUGUCACGACACCUGAGCAAGCUGGCUAUUUCGACAAUUCCUUUGAGGGUGGCAGCUCACGUCAGAAAGCCCCAAAGUUCAGGGUCACAGACGAAAGCGAUGCACCAUCUAGUCGACCAGGAUUGCCUCCACGGGGUGAGGCCAAGACCGUUGGGCCAGUCAUGGGGGACCUGAUCGACUUUUCGGAUGAACCCGAGGAAACCACACUGAAUGAUGCAGCUGCCCUGGCCCAGAUCAAGGCUAGACCGAAGCCGCACACCAGCUCCACCGAUCUCGUCGUCGGUCGCAAACCUCCUCCGCCUCGACCGAACAAGCCGGCAGCCCUUCGCAGCGCACCCUCUGAUACGAGUGUGAACACACUUGGUGUGAGCAGCGGGGCAACUCCUCCUCCUGUGCCAAGAUCUCGAAAGCCAUCCGCUGACCGAGCUGGCCCUCAUCCUCUGUCUCAGAUGCACAACUCUUCUCAGCAGACCGUGGCCAGCAGCAGGAGUUUGCCAACCGCCGCCAAGAUACCGGCAGCCACGGCCCAGAACACUAUGAGCAAGACGGCCAAAGUCCCACCGCCACCCCCACCGCCUCGGCGCCGGGAUACCCCGUCUAGCUCCCGAAGCCUCAGUCCGCGGAACCUCAACAACGGACGCAGGCUAUCGAGCAAUGACGAUAUUGAUUUUGAUGCACUGCCGCCGUCCGCGGCCUCCCAAGGGCAGGCUGCUCCCCCAACCUUUGCUAGGACUAGGACUGGCAGUCUGAAGUCGGGCGCUACCUCACCGACAGGCAGCCCGCACCUCGCACCCGCGGCGGCGCCGAAUAGGAAGCACGAGCUAUGGAUGCGCCGGCUUCAGCGGGCCCAAGAGAUCUUGGAGUCGCAUGGGGUGGCCUUGUACACCUGGCGAAGGGGCGGCGACGUCGUGGCCGAGGCCGUGGGAAUUGUCAAAGAGGAGCUGAAGAAGGUCGGUCUCAACGGCGAAAAGGAUGCGACGACGGAGGGGAAAAAGUUCGAGAGGCAGAUUCGGAGAGAACAGUCACAACAACAGCAGCAUCAACAGCAACAAAGGCCGCAACAGCAGCAGCGAGGAGCAUACCAGCAGAAGUGGUGA